UAGCGCGAAAUCGCCGUUAGUGAAGUGAAUAAUGAAAUAAAAACACAUCGUAUCAAUAAUUAGAUAUGUUGACGAUCACAAUGCGUGUGUUAUUCAUGAUGAUGUGCUUUUCAUAGAUCAAGGAUACAAAAAAGUCCAUCAUGACAGGAAGAACGAUUUCUUCUGCAGUUCUCAAAGAUGUGGUGGCAUAUGUUGACGUGUGGUCUGCGAGCAGGAUGGAGGAUUAUUCUGAUCCGUUCAUUCAGCAACUCCUGGACAUGGGUGCUGAGGUAUCCAAGACGCUCAAGAAACAAGUGACCCAUGUCGUCUUUAAACAAGGCCGCCCAUCCACAUGGAAGAAAGCUCAGAAAAUGGGAGUGAGGAUUGUGUCCGUUCAUUGGGUGGCAAGUUGCAAAGAGAGUGGUGAACAUGUCGAUGAAGAUCUUUUCCCUGCUGUGAAUGAAGAGACCAAACAUCAUCUCUUGAACAAAAGAACACACCGUUGCAUGCAGCCCCGAGAUAUUCCAGUAAAGACCCCGGAGAAUGAUCGACGGAUGAAAAAGAAGCUGGAUAAGAUGAUGGAGGGCUUGAUCUCCUCAUCUCCUGUGGUUUCUGAUACAUAACCAUUCAUUAUUGAUGAGGAGAGUGGAAUAGUGUACAGUCCCUCUUUAAAGCGAUCUGACAGCAUGGCACAACGUCUGCGAGAAAUGAGAGCUCAACGGGAACAUCUCUCACCCACAGCCUCCCAGAUGCAGGACAGCGGGUCAGGCUCUGAUGCGUCUUUAAGACCUUCUCUCGGUUCCUCACCAACACUCUCUUUCUUGCAACAGCUAGAGGAAGAGCCUUUGGAUUGUUCUUCAACGUCUCACCAGCACUCCUCAAACAUUAAAGAUGACAGGACUAACCAGAAAGGCAAUAAGAAGUCAACGACAAAACUAACUAGUAAACAAAUUAACCAGACACCUCCUGAGCCCAACAAGGCAGCUGCUGGUAAUAUAUCCAACAUUGAAAGAAAUCUUAAAGUCUCUGCAGUAUCUUCAAGAUCAAGAAGGUCUUUGGUGAACAAUAUUGAAAAACAGAAGCAGUCCACUUUAGAGAGCUUCAUUCAGAAAACCAGUUCUGAAAACUUCUCGCACAUUAAACAUCAACCUGAAACGGAGUCAUCCAGCAGUCCUGAAACACCCACACCUUCCUUGUUAGAAAUGUUUAAGAAAAAAACGAAUAGGAAAACUGUACAGGAUUCCAUUGCCGUACAGACCAGCUCCAAACAAAACCACACCAGAAAGUCCUCCUCAGCAGCCGAGUAUCCUACAGAAAAUGAGGACGUCUUUCAGAAAAGUCAGCCCAGUACUCCCAAACCCAUUCCUAAAAUAUCACGUCAGCGACGAACCUCUGCUGCUUUGCGUUCAGCUGACUCCGUUAGUAAUCUUUGUAGUAGUCCGGAGGUUAAUGACGGGGAGGCGUUUGAAGAUUUCUUCGCUCCAGCCAACAACAGCCUCAAACGGAGGGCAUCUUUAUUUGGUUCGACCUCAGAAAAUGUUCACCUGCCCACUUUUGACCUGGAGGAUCCCAACAAGAAGAAGGGCAGAAAAUCCUCUGCAAAAUCAGCUGGUACAAAGCGGAAACAUGGAAAUAUUGAUGUGAGAGAAAUCCUGUUGAACUCUUCGGACACUGUGAAUAAGAGCGAGGAAACAGUCCCGAAGAAACCCGAAUCGAGGCCUGAGUGUUUGUCCGUGAGGUCUGAGGCAAAGGAGAUGUCCAGAUCUGAAGAAAUAAAACUCCAGCCAGCUGCAAAGAAACAGAGGAGGCCAACCAGGCAGAGCUGUGGUAUUUCCUCUGAAGAGGAGGAUGAUGAGGGUUGGGAUAAGCCUUGUCCUGUCAAUGAAAGAAAGGGAUGGGCAGCUACCUCUCUGACAUCAUGCACAGCCGUUAAUGUGAAGCUCCAGAAGAGUCCUGAUCCUGACCCUCCUCCCAAACAUGGUAUUGAAAAGAGAAUAGGUUUGAAAAUCGUAGGCAAAGAAAAUAAAAGCACAACUGAUGGACUCAAUGAGAAAACGUCUGAGAUGUGCAGCAAACGUGCAACUAUGAAAAAGGACAGAUAUAUAAAGAAAAAUAGAUCCUUGGUAAUGACAAGCAUGCCCACUGAAAAGCAGGAGGUCGUCUUCCAGUUGAUCAGAAGUCUGGGUGGUUUUACAGUGGUGGAUAAUGUGUGUGAAAGCACCACUCACGUCGUGGCCGCCAGUCCCCGUCGAACCCUUAACAUCUUAUUGGGCAUCGCACGAGGAUGCUGGAUCCUCUCUUUUGAAUGGAUCCUCUGGUGUUUGGAGCACAGGCAGUGGGUUCCUGAGGAACCGUAUGAACUUUCUGAUCAUUUCCCUGCUGCACCUAUAUGCCGGCUACAGCAGCAUCUGUCAGCUGGGGAGCAUCAGCAGGAUCUGUUCCAGGAUCAGCCUCCCAUGUUUGUUUCGCCGCACUCGCAGCCUCCCUGCAGCAGUCUAACAGAGCUCAUUCAACUGUGUGGAGGAACUGUGUGCCGGAGCGUGCGACAGGCAGGAAUCUGCAUCGGAGAGUAUAAUGGCAAGAAACCAGAAGGGAGCCGUAGUCUAUCUGAACAGUGGGUUUUAGACAGUGUCACCCAUCUCACACUACUCCCAUAUGAAAACUAUGUGUUGGAAUGAAGAUCAAUGUGAUUAUCAGUGAUGAUGAUGAUGGUCAAUGUGAAAUCCUUGUAGUUUGGAAGUGUGGAUGUUUUUUUUUCAUGUUUAGCUACUUUUUUGUAAUGUUCUUGUGUCUGACACUUUAAAGUGCAGGUUUUGUAUGUCAUUUUUGUCUCUUUUUUUUUAAAUAUGUAUUUUAAGUUGUUAUUUUGUUUAACAAACAAAACGUAUAAACGUUUAAUAAAACUGUCUAUAAACUGUGAAACAUG